CCACAGCAGCCCAGGCAGUCGGGUCGCCGCCAUGGAAAACCUGGAGCCCAAACUCGAGCAGACUCUCGAGCUUCCGAAGUUCCCCGUUCCUGACUUGGCGCACACAAUGCAGCGGUACAAAAUGACGCUGGAACCGCUACUAACACCAGAAAUGAACGCAGAACUGGAGCAGAUCGUCGCCAAAUUUGCGGCAGACGAUGGCCCGGGUCCGAUACUGCAGAAAGGUCUCCUCAGAAAACAAGAAAAUGACAAUAACUGGGCGUUCCAGUACUGGCUGCACUCGAUGUAUCUGAAGGUGCCGCUGGCACUCCCCAUCAACUCCAACCCGGGAAUGGUAUUUCCACGACGGGAGUUUCCCACCAACGACGCGAUGCUCCUCUACAUGGCCCAGCUGGUCCACGGCGCCUACCAGUGGAAGGUGAAGCUGACCAG